AUGGUCACGCUCUGCGUUAUUGCCUCCUGCGUCGUAUAUGGAAGCUUGUUUUUGUGCAACCGUACGGCGGGCAAAGAGAUAUUUGGGGCACAUAAUAAACUUGCUGCUGCAACACGCCUAGGGCGCUCUGCUGACCACGCGUACCGCGUCUUCGUCUUUACGUACGCACGGCCCGAUGGGCUCAAGGAGACACUGACGUCGCUGUUGAACGCCGACUACUCCAAGGCAUCUGCCGGCGCAGUCGACUUGGAGGUGUUUGUGGAUUACAGGCGAAGUGAGAGCCCCCAGCUGCAAGAGAAGCAAUCGGCCAUCAUACAGAUGCUCAGGGACUUCGCAUGGCCUCACGGUGGGUAUAAAAUACACCAGCGACUGAUCAACGCCGGGCUUCGACUCUCCAUCAUGGAGGCAUGGCAGCCCACAAGCGACCGCGAGGUGGCGGCGUUCUUUGAGGAUGAUGUGGUGGUGUCGCCGUACUGGUUCUCGUGGGUGCACGACGCACUCGGGCAGUACGCACCAGUCGGGGCCGGAAACAUCAUAGAGGCUGACCCCCAUUUCGUUGGCUUCGCCCUGUUUCGUCCCAUCUUCGAUGAGCUCUCAAGGAGGCGCGUGGAGGUGAAGAAUAGUUACGCCCCCUUCCUCCUACAGCAGCCCUGCAGCUGGGGAGCCGUGUACCUCCCGGGGCCCUGGCGAAGGUUUAGGGAGUUUUUUGAGAGGGAAAAGGAAAACGAUCUAAGGGUAAGGCGUUUGGGCCGUGCACGGAAUCCUACAAGCAACUACUGGAACCACAAUUCCUCGUGGAAGAAGUACCUGAUCUACUACAUGUACCGGAACGGCUUGUACAUGAUGUAUCCCAACCUUCCCGAGAAGCUUGUGCUCUCCACUAGUCGUCUGCUCCCAGGGGAACACCCAACGCCGUCAAGGAAGCUCUUUGUUCUCAGUCUGGUACAGAAGGAGCACCUGCGGAAGGAACUGGUGGAGCGCUCACUGAGCCAAUUCACGAGCAUGAAGGACAUGAAGGUCUUUGACGUCAUGUUUAAUGAGGCGCAAAGUGUGGAUGCCCUCCUACCGAAAGGGGGUUAG